CGGUGUUUGAACGGGUUGGUAGUAGUGCAUUUGAAAGAGUAGUGUUUAGACUGACAUAUGGCACUUUGACAGUUCCCCCUUUUCUCUUCCCAUGGAUGCCCUAGGUGCAUUGGAAAGAAGGGUAAUAUAUACAGAAGCAUCUAGUAUUGCUGAAGCUAUACGACUGAACCAAAAGGUUGUCUUACUAGAUUCACGUUCGUUCAUGGUAUAUCAUACCAGUCACAUACACAAUGCUAUAAAUAUAGGCGGCAACAGGGCAUUCCAGAGGAAGUUUUCUCAAAAUCAGGUUGGUAGUUUGCCUACAUCCAAGCAUUUUUGGGUAAAGGUCCCAUUAGAUUUACUUCUAUGCAAACUGACAAGCUUUAAAAACCCUGCAGAAUUACAAAAGUUGCCCAUCGUUGUUUACGAUGAGUGUAUCGACUCUAUACUAUAUCUAACACCUGAAUGCUUCCUGUUUUCUUUAUUGACCCAAUUGACAAAAAAAUUUCCAGUUGUAUUUCUCCUCAAAGGAGGAUUUUUGGGGUUUAAAGCAUCGUUUCCUGAAUUAUGCUGGUUUAAUGCAGAGAAGGUUGCGGGUGAAGACGUUGCUGAAUAUCACCAGUGUAACUGCGGACUCGAACAAAUACUAGAUGCUUGCUUAGGUCAUUCAUCUUCCACCGAUCCUUCUAAAGUCCUAGUGUCUGAAUCGGUUAUUUUAUCCACAUCUGCUACGACCACUUCAGCUUGUGUUUCAUCGACACCACCAAGUUCCAUUUCAUUUACAAAUACUUCAACUUCUUUCCAAAUUCCAUCAAAGGAACAGUUUUCAUCUGGGAUUUCAAGGAAGUUAAGUCCUGAUGUACUUGUGGAUAAUCGUUCAAGAUCUAUUAUAGAAAUGAACGUUGAUAGCACUGGAAGUACAUUAUCUCGUCCGUCUCCAAUUCUGCCCUACUUAAUAUUAGGCAGUCAGGAAGAUGCUAAUUCUCCAAUUACUUGUAAACUUUAUGGGAUUACUCAUAUUCUCAAUGUAUCUCUUGAAGGCAGUGUUCCGUCACAUAUACCCAGUCAAAAUUUUUAUCAGAUUCCUGUGAAUGACAACUAUACUGAUCUCAUGACUCCAUACUUCAAAGAUGCCUUCGCAUUUAUUGACUCCGCUAAAGUGGCUCAUGGACGAGUUUUAAUCCAUUGCUCAGCUGGAAUAUCUCGAUCACCUACUUUAGCAAUUGCCUAUCUUAUGUAUUCAUGUCGAAUGAAAAUGCAUGAAGCAUAUGAUGUUGUAAAAUCUGGACGAAACAGCGUUGCUCCUAAUUUUAAUUUUCUUGGCCAGUUAUUGGAGUUUGAGCAUCAACUUCAUGAUUCUGGUUGUAAUGAACCUUCUGUUCCAGUCGAUCGCACUACAAUGUUUGACAGCGCUGCCAGCUUGUGUUCUAGUAUAAGCAUGCCUACAGAGGUGCAAAGUUCCUCUAUUUUAAAGUCUAGUUCUAACUCAUCAUCAUUCUCACUAACCCUAACUCCAACCUCGCCGAAGGUGCUAUCUAAGAAACGGGAAAGACCAACAUACCUUGGUUUAGAGGCUACUUCAUCGUCUUUUGGAGAAGUUCUAGAAGGGCCUAUUCGAAAAGGUUCACUACAUUGUGGGGGUUCGGUUAGAGCGAUUCCUGAAUCUGGAAUAAGCCCUACUGAAGGGAAACGUAGCAGAGUUUCAGAGUUAUCAUCACCCAGUCAAUCUCAUAAUCCAUUAUUACCGUCUCCUUGCACUGGGUUAUCCAAGCUGGAGAUAUCUUCACCAUUGGAAGAGUUUCGCUCUUUACUGUCCGUUUCUCGCGCUCCAUCGUCUUUUGUACCUAGUCAUUUGCUUCCGGGUCCUGAAUCCACCAUACAGAUGCUCAAAUUGAGACCUUUCCUUUCAUCUUCUACAAGUUUGCAAACUUUGAAAUUCGAACCAUGCUCGACUGUUAUGCCACCACAUCCCAUCCAAUUAGGUACCUCACUUUCACCAGCUACUAUUCUCAGACUUCGUCGUUCAUCAUCCACAGUUUCUACUUUAAGACCGACUUUGCUUGCUCACCGCUGUCUUUCUUCACAUGCAAGUGCACCGCCAACUCCAAGACCAGUAUCUACUAGUGGAAGUCAUGCAGUUUACCACAGCAUUUUGCAUACAGACAGAGCAUUUCAUUUACCAAGCAGCUUAACUUUGACUAGUUCGUCUAGAGUAAGGGAGCUUAGUCCUUCCAAUCCAUCAGCUCAAGAACCAAAGCUUGAAUAUGAACAGUUGCAGAAACGUGAUGCAAAUUUUGUUGAAAAUGAAUCAGUUAAAAACCAAUAUGUUCCCCUCAGAUGUUCAAAAUUUACUUCACAUUGUCAAACACCAAGUCUGCCUGGUAGUUUAUUACGCCCACAUAGCAAUGAGAACGUAAAUAAAAGCUAUAUAAAAAGUGACAAGUUCCAGGGAUGUCUAAGUGCAUCAUCUAGAUGUAUCAACUCUUCGUAUAAAUGCGAUGCCUCUACUCUCAGUCGUAGCGCUCCAUCACAGCGUGAUAUAGAUCAAGCCUUUUUCGAGGACAAAGGUUUUUCGAAUAAUUUUUCCUGUCUCUUUUCUGUGCGCAGGUCGUUACCUGUUUCUAGUGAGCUUACUUCUUCAUCUCUGAUAGAUUCAAAGAAAUCUGAUCCUGGACAGUCAUCAACUAACGUAAAAAUGACUAACAUUGUUACUACUAUGCGGUUAAUACCACAAGUCACUAGUGUGGAUACUUCGUGUCGGCGUCAGCAACAAUCCUUUGUGCAAUCAUCUAGUAGUAGCAGUCCAUCAUCUACUAGCCACAAUUCUCCACAUAAUAAUAGUAGUUAUAGUCUAUUCCCAAUUUCUUAAGCAGCGUUUUAUCAAGUUGAUUUUGGGAAAAGUUGCUGUUAGUCAACGUUACUUCCUUCCUCGUUUUCUUAGUACAAUAAAAAUUUUAGAAAUUGGUUUCGUUGGUUCGUUUUUCCUUUUUGUUAAAUAUUUUUAAACAAACUUAAUGCAUUUAUUAACUAGAGCUAAACAUAUUUAUACAAUGUCUACCAUUACCACAUAAUUACUAACGGCCUUGACUUGUUUUGUUAACCAGGUUUUUCAAAGCCUUAUACAUAGUAAUUGUUUACCACCCUGAUUUUAAACUCUUCAUAGGCUGUUAUCGUGCCAAUUUGUCUUGUGUGUGUUUGUUUUUUGUGUUAUCUUCUCCACUUUUUUCCCUACUUUUCCCGAUUUUUCACAUACUUAUUUUGUUCAAGUAAUUAAUUACACGCAUUUUACGACCUCGAUUACACUGUAAACAUUCCAUCAUUUUAAGUAUUACAGUAGUAUCUUUACUGGUCUAUACUGUACAUAGCAAGAAAUUAAACGCACACACGGUUCAUUUGUGCCUUACUUAAUAUUAUUUUAACAAUUUAUUUGGGUGUACAUAUUUAUGAAAUUUUUUAUCAAAGUGUUCACAUGGAGGAGAAUAAGUUUCUUUUCUUUCUGUUUUUGAGAAAAAAUUUUGAUUGUUUGUCGAACACGCUUCACACUACCUACCUACUUAUAUAUAUAUAUAUAUAUAUAU